AUGGCUGCCACGCUCGGGCUUGGCCCUCGCCAGCUCGUGCACGGCCACGCGGUUGCAAGCCUCAACGGCCGCUUCCUCAACUGCGCGCCUCGACAUGCGACGUCUCUCGUCCCCCACGCGCGAUGCACGCGCCGUGUGCCAUGCACCGCGCGCAACUUUUCUUCCGGCUCUGGCAAGCGACCGCGCUUCUCCCAUCGCCUCGCCGAGGCCCUCCGCAACAGCAAGAUCCAAUGGUACCAGAUCCCCGUCGGCCUGGGCAUUGGCUUUCUCGGCCUGGUACAGUUCUACAAGGUCUCCGCCCGGGAGCAGGAGAAGAGGCGGGCCGAGGAAGAGGGGCAAGUUCCCGGAGGGCAACCCAAGCCGCGCCCUCGAGUCCGUCCAGAAGGUCCAUGGCAGGUUCAGGUCAUGUCGACUUUGCCGCUCAAAGCCAUUUCGCGGUUGUGGGGCAAGUUCAACGAGCUCACGAUCCCAUACUACUUGCGCGUUCCUGGCUUCAAGCUUUAUUCAUUCAUAUUCGGCGUAAACCUUGACGAGGUGGCCGAGCCUGAUCUCCACGUAUACCCGAACCUGGCAGCAUUCUUCUACCGAACCCUCAAGCCCGGCGUCCGCCCGCUGGACCCCGAUACCAAUGCCUUGGUUUCUCCCUCUGACGGCAAGAUUCUUCAAUUCGGCCGAAUCGAAGGGGGCGACAUCGAGCAGGUCAAGGGCAUGACGUACAGCAUUGAUGCGCUGCUUGGGAAGAACACCCCGACAUCCAGUAUUCGAAGUGGCUCCUCCAAACACAGCCAGCCCAAGCCGAGCCACCGCGAGCGCCAUGGUGACGAAGAGAUUAUCAAACAGGAGGAAGAGUUUGCCAAGGUUAACGGCAUCUCAUACACCCUCCCUGACCUGCUGUCGGGCCCGAGCCACGGCAAGGCGGAUCAUGCCGCUACAGACGAGUCGACCGAGGUCUCGCAGCGCGCAGUCUCUGAAGUUCGUGCCGAGCUGGCCCUAGGGGAGAAGCCGUGGUACGACAUCCUCUCCGAAGACAAGGCCAGUGCCUUGUACUACGCCGUGAUCUACCUGGCACCAGGUGACUACCACCGCUUCCACUCUCCGACGAACUGGGUCGUGGAACGGAGACGACACUUUGCCGGCGAAUUGUAUAGUGUUUCACCAUACCUACAACGCACGCUGCCCGGCCUCUUCACGCUGAACGAACGCGUCGUGUUGCUCGGCCGCUGGCGGUACGGUUUCUUCAGCUACAUCCCGGUCGGCGCCACCAAUGUCGGCUCCAUCAAGGUCAACUUUGAUCGUGAGCUGCGGACCAACAGCCUGACGACAGACACAGCGGCCGACCAUGCCGCCGACGAGGCAGCGAAGCGUGGCGAGCCGUACCUUGGCUUCGCGGAAGCUACGUAUGAGGAGGCGAGCACCGUCUUGCAUGGCCACGCGCUGAGGAGAGGUGACGAGAUGGGAGGGUUCCAACUCGGCAGCACCAUUGUCCUCGUUUUCGAAGCGCCACAGGAAAGGCACGACGCGCACAAGCCGGCGUCGGGGUGGGAAUGGUGUGUUGAGAAGGGGCAAAAGAUUCGCAUGGGCCAAGCUCUCGGACGUAUCUUGCCGGAAUAG